AUGCACAAAUGGGGGCAAGAUGACGUUAAGCACGAGCCAGCCGUUAUCAUGUCUGCUGACAUGGCUGCCGGCGAUAUCAAGGUGCCGGCGAAAACCGGCUCCGAAUGGUGGAAGGAAGGCACAGUGUACCAGAUCUUCCCCCAAUCCUUUAAAGAUUCCAAUGGCGAUGGCACCGGCGAUCUCGGCGGCGUCAUCGAGAAGCUGGACUAUCUCCAAAAUAUGGGCGUCGAUGUCAUCUGGCUGAGCCCCAUGUACGACGGGCCCCAGAUCGACACGGGCUACGACAUCUCCAACUACCAAGACAUCUACCCGCCGUUCGGCUCCCUCGACGACAUGCACCGUCUCAUCGAGGAGUGCCACUCUCGCAAGAUGCGCGUCAUGCUCGAUCUCGCUGCCCCCAACAACUGGAAGUCCGUCUUCGGGGAGGACAGCGCCUGGAAGUGGGACGAGGAUACCGAGGAAUACUACCUCCACCUCUUCACCGAAGGCCAGCCCGACCUGAACUGGGACAACGAGGAGAUGCGCAAGGCCGUGAUCGAGGAAGCCAUCGUCUACUGGGUCGACAAGGGCAUCGACGCUUUCCGCAUCGACGCCGCCAACAUGCUUAGCAAGCCCGAAGGCCUCCCCGACGCGCCCGAGGUCCUCAACGACUGGCCCUGGCAGAACCCGACGGCGCUAACGUGCAACGGCCCGCGCAUCCACGAGUACCUCUUCGAGAUCGGCAAGAAACUGCGCGACCUCAACAUCAUCAGCGCCGGCGAGCUUCCCUUCACCGCCGAGAAGGAGCACGUGCUGCAGUAUCUCUCCGGCGACAAGAAGCAGCUGGACAUGGCCUUCAUGUUCGAGGUCGUCGGCACCGGCAUGGGCCCCGGCCGCAAGUACGAAAUCACCCCCAAGGAUUUCACCCUCUCGCAGUGGAAGGGCGCCUGGGAGCAGAUCCAAAACGUCAUGGUCGGCACCGACGCGUGGGUGGCCGUGUUCCUCGAGAGCCACGACCAGGCGCGCAGCAUCAGCCGCUACGCCGACGACAGCCCCGAGUACCGCGUGCCCUCGGGGAUCCUGCUGGCCAUGCUCCAGGGCACCAUGUCCGGCACUUUGUACCUCUACCAGGGCCAGGAAAUCGGCAUGAUUAGCGUCCCCCAAGACUUCCCCAUCGAGGAGAUGAAGGACGUCGAGAGUAACUAUUACUACGACUUCGUCAAGGAGACCCAGGGCGACGACCAAGAGGCCAUGGACCGCGCCGCCGCCUCGGUGCGUUACCUGAGCCGUUUCAACGCCCGCAUGCCCAUCCCCUGGGACGGCAAUGAGCCCUACUUUGGCUUCUCCGACAAGGACCCCGUCGCUCCCAUGCACCCCAGCAGCAAGGAGAUCAACGUCGCCUCCCAGCUCGACAACGCGGGCAGCGUCCUCGCCUUCUGGAAGCGCAUGAUUAAGCUCCGCAAGGAGAACGCCGACACUUUUCGCCGCGUCCUCGUCGUCAUGAACUUUUCCACCGAGCACAUAGAAUGGCACCAGGAGGUUGAGGAGGUCACGCAGGAGCCUGAGAAACUCAAGCUGCUCAUCUCUACUACGGACGAGGAUAAUGGCGGUACCAUGGGCCCUUACGAGGGUCGUGUGUUCCUGGUGGAGCCUGCGAAGGGAGAUGAGGAGGAGAAGGAGGAAUGA